UCGGGUGGUUUUUUUCCGUUAUUUGUCACCAUGGCUCGUAUGAACCGCCCAGCUCCGGUGGAGAUAACCUACAAGAACAUGAGGUUCCUCAUCACCCACAAUCCCACCAACGCCACUCUGAACAAGUUCAUAGAGGAGCUGAAGAAGUACGGCGUGAGCACUGUGGUCAGGGUCUGUGAAACCACCUACGACGCCGCCCUCGUGGGGAAGGAGGGGAUCCAAGUUCUGAAAUUCUUAAUGCUUCUCCAGGAUUGGCCGUUCGAUGAUGGAGCUCCGCCCUCUAGCCAGAUCGUUGAUGAUUGGCUGAACCUCCUGAAGGUGAAGUUUCGUGAAGAACCUGGAUGCUGCGUGGCGGUCCACUGUGUCGCCGGCCUGGGACGGGCUCCAGUUCUGGUGGCACUUGCCCUGAUUGAAUGUGGGAUGAAAUAUGAAGACGCUGUCCAGUUUAUUCGACAGAGGCGCAGGGGAGCAUUCAACAGCAAGCAGCUCUUCUACCUGGAGAAAUAUCGUCCAAAACUGCGCCUUCGCUUCAAAGAUUCCAACGGCCAUCGUAAUAACUGCUGCAUCCAGUAAAGCAAGACCUGCAGGCGACAACCUUUCAUGUUCAGUAAAAGUAAAAACAAAAAAAGCUAAAUUUAACCUUGCUAUCUUCUUACCUGGAAGUCAAUGUGUUGAAGUGUUUUGUUUGGAGAAGUUUCCCUUUCCACUUUGAAGUGUCCGAAAACUAAGCUAAACACACACCAUGCCGUGUGACAGGGGGUUCUGGAGGGCGCUGAAUCCUCGUAGGUGCCGGUGUAGGUUCCCUCCCAACCGUAGUGUGUUGCGCUCUGUGCAGAUGCAUCCCCCUUAUUUUAGGAUUGAUCCUUGGUCUUCUGCGUUCUCUCAGAAUGUGACAAAACAAAAAAAAAAAAUUUGGGUUACCAUUUAAAUUCUGUACCCUGUUCAGUUCAAGGGUGUGAACUGAGAGGUAGGCCUUCCUUGAAAUCUGCUGGUUCAUCCAUUAAUGCCUUACAGACGAACGAAGGCCAUGGAUUUCCUCCACUCCUGGCAUUUGAAAAAAAGGUUUUCAUUUUUCUACUUGAAACAGAAAAAAAAUAGUUGCCUUUGUCUUGUGCAGAAAGUCAAAAACACUAAAGCUCUUUCAGUGACUAUUUUUAAUAUCUAAUGCUUAACUGUCGCUAUAUUCGUCUCGUUGGGAUCUCCCAACUCCUCUAUCAAACAUUUUGUUGACUAUAAUUAACUGCCACGUCAAAUGUGAUUUUAUUUAGAAUUGUACUUUUUGCUUCAAACUGGAAUUCAGACGUCUGCUAUAUUUUGUAUGCCUUUUUAUUUGAUGUUCGUAACUUAAGAUACUUGGAUACUUGAUGAAUUUAUGUAUUUGAAAAUGUGUACUAUUGUUAGGUUGGCUAUUUAUACUAUCAAUGGAUGUGUGUUUUAGUACAGUGAGCUACACAUUGUACCCGUUCACCAACUUUAGGAGUACAUUAAAAUGAUACACUGAAAGUC